AUGUCGCUGUUCAAGAAGUUCGAACCGAAGUCAGACCUGGGUCCCGCAACAGCACUCAAGUCUUCCGUGCGCCGAGUGAUCCGACAAAAGCUCACCGAUCAAUACCCAGCACUUGCAAAGGAUGAAGGCGCUCUCCUGGAAGCAGCAUGGCCCAACAAGGCUUCUGUGACCACGGUCAAGUUCGCAAGAGAACACAUACAGAUGCUUAUUUCGGAAAAACAAGUGCUCUUCUUCCAGCACUAUGACGAUUGGUACCUCCCCUCUUUGCGACUUCUGCACAUGUUCCCAGACAUGCUUCCAUCGGUACAAGUUGACCGAGGAGCCAUCAAGUUUGUACUUUCCGGAGCCAACGUCAUGUCGCCAGGUCUUACUAGCGCAGGAGGCCACCUGCCAGACCCAUCGAAAGGGGAGACACCUCUCAAGAAGGGACAGUGUGUUGCGAUCCGUGCGCAAGGCAAGGAUGAGAUUCUCGCUGUGGGUGUCAUGCAGAUGGACACCGAGGAGGUGCGAAAGACUGGCAAAGGUAUUGCGAUAGAAAACAUUCACUAUCUGGGAGACGACCUCUGGCUGACGCUAGCAAAAGGCGGUAUCUAA